UCAGCUCAAGCUCCAUCUCUAUAUCUACUCUUUUCCAUACUGGGAUGUUUUUCUCCUGACUGUCUUCAAGCAGCCUGGUUCAAAUCUUAAACAUACUAAUAAUAAGCACCUGACAGCGUGUAUCCCUGCCAGCCGGUCUCGCCCAUCAUGGCGGCUGUCCCGGCUUCAAAGGUACUUGAUGUGAUAGCCCACCCUCUUUUUCCCCUGUUCUUCGCGAUACCCCUCUUCCUAAUCUUCUUCCUCGCCUACUUUUUCGUCGCCCCGUAUUUUGCUACAGAGCGCCAACGCGCUUACAUCCUCUCAACUACGUCGUCAUGUUUCAUGACGCUGGUAUCGUUACCUUUUGUUUGGAAGUAUGCUCGGCAUGGCUUGGGCGUGAUCUAUGAAGAAGGACAGAGUGGAUGGAUGGGAGCCUUAGGAAGAGUGGGUGUGGUCUUUUUUGCUACUUAUCUGUUUUCGGAUCUGGCUAUAGGGUACUCCAGGUACCCCUCUCAGGUCGGAUUACUUACCGGCUGGAUUCAUCACGCGGUCUACAUUGGUCUGAUGGGUCAUCUACUGAACACUAGACAUUCCCCCGUCUUUCUCGUCGCAGCCAUUAUGGAGCUCCCAACUUUUGAUUUGGCCAUGUCAAAUCUCUAUCCUUCUGUGAGGCAUGAUUUGCGUUUCUUGAUAUCUUUCUUCAUUUUCCGAAUAGCAUUCCAUGCCUACUUACUCGGGGAUUGUCUUCGCUCAUCAUCGCGCGCUGUCACGGAUGGCUCCUGGGUACCUUCCAUUAUGCUUGCUCUUGCAGGUGCUCUUCAUGUGAUGUGGUUCAAAGGCGGUGUAACUGGCUAUCUCAAAAGACUUGGGAGAAGCAACGCGAAAGCAGAGAGUGUCGAGGAGCCAUGUUCAACCAUGGGUGAGAUCUUGGACCAAAACUCGAUCACCACUGGCGAGCUUGUUCUGGAGAGCCUGGAUGACUCGCCAGGGACUCCAGACGAUUCACCUCUGAUGACACCACGGACCCCUUCACAAACCCCUUUCGUCCUUCCUGCCAUCCCUUCCAUCGCCAUCCCGAGUUUCCCCACACUAUCAAAUCUUCCCAUCGUCUCUAUCCCUGCCAUACCUUCAAUUUCCGGCCUUUCGCUUGCCGAAAUCAGGGCCGCUUUGAACAAGGAAGGAGCGUUCAAGCUGAAAGGCAAUGAGUUUAAGGAAGCUGUCAAAGGUCGUUGGGAAGAACACCGUGAGAAAUUUGUCGAGCGCACCGGGCUAUCGCUCGGGGCUAUGAGGAUGAGGAAACGGGGCGAGCGACAGGUCAAAGAGCACGUCGAGGAACAGACUGACGAGGGACAAUUGAUGACCAUGUCAGUCGACGGUCACGUUGGGGAGAACCAAUUGGACUCGAUUUGUAUUUAGCAUUUAGGAUAUACACUCUCGUCGUAUGAGGAUAAGGGAAAUUGUUCGUCAUUCAUAUACCAUGCCAUUCUCCUACGGGGAGUUUAUAGGUAUGGAGAACAACUAAUCCACGCUUUGAACAAAGAAAUCUCAUGUUCAAUCAACUUUCCUUUGGCCCACCAGAAGAUGUCAUUUCACAUAUUCACGCAAGGGCCGAGCGCUUAGCUUACGGCACCGCGGUCUGUUGAAUCCGUGAAUCGAACCAGGCGCAGAAGAACCAACAAGACGUACAAAUCCAAUAAAAGAUAAUAAUGUAGUUUGCGCGGCUAUGAUAUAAGUCUAGUUGCAAUGGUGACAAAAUAUACUACUUCCUAGCAACUCAACAAAGAGCGAAUGAUGGAUGCUUGCUUAUUGAGAGCGCGCCGGUACAAAUAACUCCUGGUCGUCCACCAUUAAACGCGACGAGAGUCAGCAGCAUCGCGGCGUCUCUUCUGCUGAUGUUGUUGUCAGUCCGCAUCUUGCUUAUGAUGCGUAUAUAUAUGGUGGAUCAGCUUUUGGUCUUUCCAGCGUGGCUUGAGUCAGCACCUUGUCCUUGCUGACAUUCAAAUGAAUAUUCCGACAGGAUUAAUUCCAUGCAUAUAGAAUGCG